AUGAUCGAAAUCAGGGGUAUGCUGCAACAACUCAUUGGGACAAAUGGAAAGAUGCAAGAGAAGUUAGCUGCACAUGAUUCAGCAAUCAAAGGCAUUGAAACUCAAUUAGGACAACUAUCUAUGGCCUUGAACAAUCGCCCACAAGGAACAUUGCCUGCAGAUACAAACGUUAAUCCAAAGGAGCAGAACCCGAAUCAGCUCAUGGAAGUGAGUCUCAGGAAUGGGAGAGAUUUAGAUAGGGAGCAAGAAGUUGCUCAAUCCAGGAGAGAAACUACGCCAACUACUCCAGCUGCUCCAGUUACAUUAGAGAUCGAUGAGUCGAUAGAGCUCACCGAGGUUGUAAUCGAGCAAGCACAGGACCUGUCCACUGUAACUCUGACGCAGACCUGCAGCGCGGUAGUGACAAGACUUAUGGAUCAAAAGCUGUCUGAUCCAGCAUUGUGUGAUUUGGGAGCCAGUAUAAACUUGAUGCCCUUGGCAAUCUAUACAAAAUUGGGAAUUGGCAGAGCUAGACCGACCUCAAUGUUGCUGCAACUGGCUGAUCGCACAGUGAAAAGACCGACAGGAAUUCUUGAUGAUGUGCUUGUUCAAGUGGGGAAAUUUGUAUUCCCUUCAGACUUCGUCAUUCUUGACUGUCAAGUGGAUGAAGAGAUACCAAUCGUUCUGGGUAGGCCGUUUUUAGCCACUGGGAGAGCAUUGAUUGAUUGUGAGACUGGGGAACUGAAAAUGAGGUUGAACAAUGAAGAAAUCAUAUUCAAUGUUCAACAAUCUAUGAGGAGACCCAGCGAAUUUGCAAAUUGCUCGCUAGUGGAGGCCGUGGAUGUGAUACUACAAGAGGAGGAUGAGACUAUUAAUGUCAGGGAUCCGUUAGAAGCUUGCUUGAUGAAUCUAAUGUGGAUGGUGAGGAGUUGGCAGAGUGGGUCAUGGCUCUCGAAGGUCAAGGGUUCUGGACAAGGGAACCCCAGUUCGAGCCCCUACACUUAG